AUGCAUGACAAAACAAUCCAAGUCAGGAGAGAAAUUGAGAUCAAACCGAUCGCACGGGUCACGUGUGGCUCAAGCGCUGGGGUGUGGCUCAGCCCAAGGGAGAUUUGCAGUGAUGUCCUACUAGUUACCCACCCGCCAGACUUUCGAAGUGGACCGACCACUGAAGAAAAAGCGAAGGAAGUGCAGCUAAGUUAG